GGGAGUUGAGGAAGGGGAGGAGGGUUCACUCCAAGCUGCCUGCUGUCACAGAUAGAGGGAGUUAAUCAUUGGUGGAGCCUGGACAGAAUCCCAGGCAGGUAGACGUCAGUCCAACUUCUGCAAGGACGCAUGAGGGUUGCUGAAGCAGGACAUGGACACACCACAGAAGGACAAAAGCAGUGGCAUGGACACACCACAGAAGGACAAAAGCAGUGGCAUGGACACACCACAGAAGGACAAAAGCAGUGACAUGGACACACCACAGAAGGACGAGGCGGCCGAGCAGAGCGCCUCUGACAACCCCCCUGGAAAGCAGCCGGUCACUUCCUGUCUACUGAGCGCCGCCUUCUUUGGUGCCCUGGGAUCUUCUUUCCUUUACGGGUACAACCUCUCCGUGGUCAACGCUCCAGCACUGUACAUUCAACACUUCUACAACCAGACAUGGAUGGAGAGAUACGGCCAGCCUGUUGGAGCAGAAACAUCCACGCUGCUUUGGUCCAUCACCGUCUCCAUAUUCUCUAUUGGCGGCCUUUGUGGAGCUCUCACCGUCUCCUGGCUCAUAAAAAUACUGGGAAGGAAAGGAACCCUCAUGGUGAACAAUGUCUUCGCUGUGACGGCUGCACUGCUUCUGUCCCUGGGAGAGUUGGCCCGCUCUUUUGAAAUGCUCAUCAUUGGCCGCUUCAUUAUCGGAGUGGACUCUGGUAUAGCUCUCAGUGUCCUGCCCAUGUAUCUGGGAGAGAUCUCCCCAAGGUACAUCAGAGGCUUUAUUGGCCAGUUCAACUCCAUCCUCAUCUGUCUGGGAGUGUUUACUGGUCAGGUGUUGGGCCUGCCUGAGCUCCUGGGACAGGAGUCCAGGUGGAAUUACCUCUUCUCCUUCCUGGCGCUGCCUGCAUUGCUGCAACUCUGCGUUAUGCCUUUCCUUCCGGAGAGUCCUCGCUUCUUGCUGAUCGAGAGGAGGGACGAGGCUGCGGCCCAGAGAGCCUUUCAAAGGUUCCUUGGAAAAAAGGAUGUGUCGGUGGAGUUGGAGGAAGUCCAUGCAGAGGCACGAGCUCAGGAAAGUCUCCACACCGUCUCCGCAUGGCAGCUGCUGAAGAAGCGGGCAGUUCGCUGGCAGCUCAUCACCGCCAUGGUCACCAUGGCUUGCUACCAGCUGUGUGGCCUCAACGCUAUCUGGUACUACACUAACGGAAUCCUGCGGGAAGCAGGCUUUGCUGAGAACCUUCUCCCAUACAUAACGCUCAGCACGGGAGCUGUAGAGACUCUGGCAGCUAUCGUCUCUGGUUUAGUCAUAGAACGCAUUGGGAGAAAACCUCUUCUCAUAUUUGGGUUUAGCGCCAUGGCCGUGUUCUUCAGCCUGCUCACGCUCUUCCUCAAUUUCCAGGACAGUGUGUCAUGGAUGCCAUACCUCAGCUUCGCCUGCAUACUGGCUGUUAUUGCUUCCUUCUGCUCGGGGCCAGGAGGCAUCCCCUUCAUCCUGACGGGUGAACUGUUUGAGCAAGCCUACAGGCCUGCUGCCUUCAUGAUCGCAGGAACUAUCAACUGGCUGGCCAACUUUGCAGUGGGUCUCUUGUUUCCCUUCAUACAGGGCUUGAAUUGAACCGCGGCAUUUUCCGCCACCGCCCUUGUGACUUGCCG